AUGGUAAAAAAGAAUAGAACUUGUGAGCGCUGUGGCUAUACAUGUGCAACACCUCAAAAGCUUCGUGAGCAUCUCAAAAGAAAAAACCCGUGCAGACCUCAAAAUUUCAUGCCUGUACAAGCCCCCAUGGCUAAACCCGAAAUAAUUCCAACUAAUACAGAGCCCCUGGUCAAGAAUCUCAAUGACAGAAAACCAGGGGAAACUGUUAAGCAAUGGGGCUCAAGAUUGCGAAAAAGAUAUAAAGAAGUAACAUAUGAUAAUUAUGAUCAGCCAAAAAAUUUAGCAGAAUGUAAACGGCUUUAUAAUGAUUUAAUGCAAGCUGAUCCAGAAGCAUUUAUCCCGCAAAAGCCCUUAGAUGAGCCUGCCCAUUCGCCAGAAGAAGACAAUUUCUUUAGUGAUCCAGAAAUCGAUCAUGAAACUGGACCAGGCCCACAAACUCAAAGCAAAUCCGCCAAAAAUAUGAGUCAGAGAGUCAAUGCCCCGGAUAUUGAUGAAGAAUUUCAGCGUCUAAGUAAUAUUACAGGAGAUCAUGAAGAAAAUUUAGUAUUUCGAGAGCAACAGUUAGGCCCCGCACUAAAAAGACGGGCUGUAGCCGUGCAUAAAGCAAAUGCCCCUAGAUAUCAUCCAGACAAUGGAAGCGAUAUAAGAAAAAUGCUAGAGAGUCAAAGAAAGCCAUUUCGGGAAAUACUUGAAAAAGAAUUUGAUAAGCGAGGGCAAUUCAAAUUUGCAUUAUGCUCUCUUACAAAAUUUCUAGUAGACAAAAAACCGGGAGCCAAUAAGGAGGCAGACAAAAAUAAAAAAUCGCGAACUGACUGGCUAAGAAAUAAGCAAAUUAUAGUAUAUAAUCGGGCAGAAAUAGAUGAUUACAUAAGUAAUGCUUUCGAACAAAUUUUAUAUCAAGUAGAGGAAAGGGGAGGCAAAUCUAGCGCCUAA